ACGUGUUUAUCAUUAUAUCAAGUUUAAUAGGUUAGCUUUUUAUUAUAAACUAACAAUUUUAUAAUAAAUAUAAUUGUUAAUAUCUCUUUUAGUUUAAUAACUAAUUAAUUAAAAAAAAAAAAAAAACAACCGUAACAAUGACUGUUGUUGAAGUUAAUAAGAAAAGAAAACUAAGUGAAAAUGUGGUUGACAAUAACAAUGAUGAUGGUGAUGGUGAUGUUGUUGAUGAUGAUAAAUGUAUUGAAAAAAAAAGUAAUAAUAAAAAAGUAAAAAUUGAUAAUGCUGGAAGUGCUUUAGAAAUAAUACGUUCACUUGAUACAAUAGAUAAAAAAAAUAUGAGUAAUGUUGCUGAAAUAUUUUCAAAAUUUCAAGUAGCAAUAAUGAAAAUACUAAAAAAUUAUCCACAAUAUCAAAUACAAGCAAUAGAAGCAUGUCGUUAUUUAAUAAAUUAUCAUUUAUCAUCAGUACAUUCAAUGUUAUCAACUCAAAGUAAUCCAGGACAACGUAAAAUUAUAUUACGUUUAUUAGCAUCAAUAGUAUCACUUGGUGAUAAUCUACCACGAGAAUUAUUAAAUCAUAUAUCAUUUCAUCAAGAAACACUUGAUAUGUUAUCACAACAUACAAAACCAACUGAUCCAGGAAGUGUAAGAACAUGUUUUAUACAUUUUAUUAUGUCAUAUCUUAUUGAUACAGAUUUACAAAUUGUUAAAACAUUAUUAGAUAAACGUGGUUUAUUAUCAUCAAUAUUUAAUGAUUUAAUAUAUGAUUCUCAUGUAACUAUUAAUUUAGUAUUAACAACAGUUAAAAAAUAUGUAUUAGAAAUGCCUGGUAUAUCAAAAACAAUAAAACUUCAUGUAUUUUCAACACCAAUAUUACAAAAUUUAGUAUCAUUGUAUAAUUGGAAAGGACCAAAAUGUUGGCCUGGUUUAAGACAAAAAACUAAAAUAGAACCACCAACAACAUUUGAAUAUUCAGAAGAAAAAAGUAUUGCUGUUGAUGCUGUACAUGAUUUUUUAUUGGUAUUAUUAACAUCAAAUAAAUAUGGAGUUAUAUUUAAUGAUAAAAGUCUUGGUACAACUGGUAAAAAAAAUAAUCAACUUGUUAAUACAAUAUUACAAAGUAUGGAUAAACCAUGGGAACAUGAAAAACCAUGUGAACUUGUAAUUAAAAUAUUAGCUGCAUGUCCAGAUCUUAUACGUUCACAGCUAAUGUAUACUGAACCAUAUUUAGAACCAAGAAUAUCUAAAAAAUGGCUUGCUGUUAUGAAAUUUAUAAGAAAUAUAUUUGAUAAUAUUAAUACAAAUAUAUUAGAAACAUGUUUACCAGAAUUAUCAAUGUCACAAUUAAUAAGUGCAACAUGUACACUAAGUAUGCCAAAUGUUGUAUUACAAAAAUCAAUUAUUCCAUCAAUUAAUAAUGAAAGUAUUAUUUUACGUCAUGAAGCUAUUAUUACAUUGACAAUAAUGUUAAAAAAAAUUAAAUCAUUUAUGGAUAUUGCUGAAAAAAAAUUACCAACACGUGCUGAUUAUUUACAAUAUAAAACAGCAAUUAAUGAUUAUAUUUUAAAAAAUAUGCCAAACAUUGAAGCAAUUUUAAAAACUUGGAAUCAAGCUGGUGAAACUGUUGAUGCAUCAAAAGCCAAUGAAGAAAUUGAUGAUAAUCUUGAUCCAUUAAAAUCAAUACAUUAUUCUUGUAUUCUUGAUUUACUUGAAGCAUAUCAUGAUGUUAAUCCAGAAUUUUUAAAUACUGAAUUAAUUACAGAUACUACAACUACUACUAAUAAAAUUCAACCAAGUACUUUGUUAAAUUUUACUGAUGACAUUGAGGAUAUUGAUGAUGAAAUAAUUAAUAAAAUGAAAAUAAAAGCAAUUAAAAUAGUAUUAUAUUUAAAUGAAGAAGCAUUUAAACCACAAGAAAAAUUAUUUAAUGAAUCAAUUCCAUUUUUAGUAUCAAUAUUAAAUCAUGAAUCACAAGAAUUAAAUAUUGAAGCUAAAAAAAUAUUAAAAAUGUUAUUUAAAACAUCAAAAAUGUUUGAUGAAUGCACUGAUCAAAUUGACAUUUGGAUAAAUACAUUUCAAUUAUUAGAAAAUCAUGAAAAACAAGAAGUUUCAAUUUGGCUUGUUAAUAUUAUAAAAAAAACAUCAAAAAAAUCAGAUAAAUAUUUAAAUAAAAUUACUGAAAUUGAACAAAAAAUAAAAUUAAACACAAUUCCAUUAAUUCUCAGUUCAACUCUUGAUAGUUUAACUAAAAAAUCAAAUGACAGUGCUGUUAAAUAUAUUUCAUUUGUAACAAUAUUCACUCUACAUUGUCAAAUUGAUCCAGAAGCACUUAUUAAACUUUGUCAAGAUAUUGAAAAUUUUCCAGUAAACUAUAUAAAUAGCUGGAAAAAUGAUUCAACACCAGUUGCAAUUGAUCCACCAUUUGCAAAUAAUUGUGUCUUAAAAUUUAGUAAAAUAUUAAUGUCAAAUAAAGACAUUAAUAUUGAAGAAAAUUUUAACAAACAAAUUAACUUACAAACAAAACAAGAAUUACGAGAUUUAUUUAGAAUGACAUUGUUUUAUUUAACUCAAUUUAUAAAACGUGAAAAAUUAUCAUCAAUUAAUAUUGAAAAAUACAAGCUAGCUAUUAUUUAUUUAUUGGAUUAUUCAAAAAUCAUGGAAACAAAUAUUAAUGAUUCAACAAUAGCAUUUGAAUGUUCAAAAUUAUUUAUUAAUAAUCCAAUAAUUAUUGAUAAUUUUUCACCAGUUAAAAAUUCACCGAAUGACUCAAAAAUCAUUGUGACAAAUGUAAUUUUUGAUAUAUUUAACAAAAUACAAGAUAUUAAUGAUAAAAAUAAUUUACAAGAAUUAUUUUUAUUAUUUAAAAAUAAAUUAAUUGAUGAGUUAAAAAUAAUAAUACAUAAAACUGUUGCCGGUGGAAGAAGAUUAAUGAAAUCAAUAAAAUUAUUAGAAUUUAUUGAAAUUUUACAAUUAAAUAAUAACGAUAUAUUUGAUUUAUUGAAAAGUAUCAUGUCAUUAUACAAAGAAACUUUCAUAAUACAAGAAAAAACAUCAUUAUCAAUAAUGGGAAAACUUGCAGCAAAAUUAAUUGAAUUAUUAGCUGAUAGAAAAAUUAAUAAUGUCACAAUUGAAACAAAUAUAAUACACAAAUUUUGUAUUCAAAUGAGUCAACUUAAAAUAAAUAAUGAAAUUGAUUUUUCAUUAUGGGAAAAUUGUUUAAUUAAAUUUUUAACAAGUUAUCCUGGUACAAUUAUUAAAAUUGAUGCAAAAAUAUUUAAUAGUUUAAUAAGCAAUAAAAUAAAUUCAUCAACAAUUAAAUUAAUUUCAUUUUUAACUGGUAAUAAUGAAAAAUUAAUUCCAGUUUUUAUUAAUUAUGCAAUGAAUGAAAAAAAAAUUAUUCAACAAAGUGAUUUAAUAUUUUCUGUUAUAUCAAGUAAUUUAAAAUAUAAUUGGAGUAAAAAAUUUAUCAAAAAAAUAUAUAAAAAUUAUAAAGAUGAAUUAAUUAGCUAUUUUAAAUUUAAUGAAGAAGAAAAUAUUAAAAAAUGGAUAUCAAUGGAUAAUGUUAAAGCUAUAUCAUAUGUAAUUGAUUCAUGUCUUAAAUUAGAUACUUUUGAAGAUAUUAAAACUUUUAUAUUAACUGCUGGUGACAAGCUUGAAUCUGUGGACUUAGUUUAUAUUAAACUUUUACGAAGCUUAUUUGAAAAAUCAACAAAGCUAACAGAAACAUCUGAAGAAACAUUAAAAACACUUCUUCAAAUAUUUAUGAAAUUAGCUGUAUCAACAUUAAAAAAAGAUUCUAAAAAUGAUGAAAAAUUAGAUAUUAUUUCAAAUAAUUUGUGUGAUGUUGUUGAAAUGCUAAAGUUAAAUAAUAAAAAUUAUACAUUUGAAGAUUUAAAUAAGCAUCAUUUGUGGCCACAAUUUACAAGAUUUUCAUUAAAAUUAGGCUUAAAAAUAUCUAAAAAUGAUACAAAAAAACAACCAUCAAUAAUAAAAAGUUUAACAAAAGUAUGUGAUAUUGCAUAUACAAAUAAAUGUGAAAAUGAAUAUGUUAAAAAUUUAUUUGAAAUGACAACAUCACAUUCAGAAUUUAUAAAUUUAAUGUUAAGUUCACAAAUUGUUAAAACUCAUUUAUUAGAACUUUUAUAUGUUCUUGUUAAAAAAAAUCAUUCAAUUAUGAAUUCAACCCAAUUACCAUUAUAUUUAUCAGCAUACAAUGCAACAUUAAAUGAAUCUGAUCAAUGGAUAUUAAAAAUUUUACAACACUACGAAAAUGAAAAUAUUAAAUUUACAAAUUAUAAACCAUAUUUAUUUGGUGAAGCAGCAGCUUCACAUUAUAGUGUUAAAAAUGAAGCUGAUUCAGCUCUAUGGAGACAACAACAAAUAUCAACAUCACAAGUAUUAGAUUUAUUUAAUAUUGAAACAGUUAAAAAUACAAUUGAAAAUUAUCCAGUUAAAAGAAGUCUAAUAAUUGAUGAUAUUGAUACACCAAAUAAUAUAUAUGAUCCAGCAUUUUAUUUACCUCUAUUAAAUUAUAUAUUAGAUGGUAGUAAUGUUGUUGCUUGUCAUAAAAUUACACAAACUGGAGUACUUGCAUUAGUACUUGCUUCUUGUGGUUCUGAAUCAUCUGAUAUUAGAAUGGCUGCAUUUACUGUUAUAUCAAGAUUUUAUUUUCAUCUUGAAGGAACAAAUUCAAAAGAAAAAUAUUUAUGGAUUAGAUUUAUUGAUUCAAUUAGAAAUGGUAUUGUAUCAUUUGAUAAUUCAUUGGAAAAUAUACGUUUAAGUUGUUUGGUAUCAACAUUUUUAGCAAAAUCAGCAUUAGUAUUAACACAACCAAGUAAUCCAUUAUAUGCACCAUUAAAUAAAUUUUUCAUGGCUAAACCAGCACUUGAAUUAAAUACAAUACCAGAAUUUUUAACAUUAUUUCAUAGUUCAGAAAUUCAACAUAAACUUCAUAGACAUUGGAUACUUGAAAUUAUUCGUGAUGGUAUGAAGACAGAACUUGACAUGGAAAUUGCACUUAAAUGUGUUAUUUUUAGAAUUAUUUGUUGUUUUUAUAAUUCAAUUUUAGCUGAUCCAAUAACCAAGAGUCUUAUUCUUCAAGUUAUUGGUGCAAGUGUUAAAAUUCCAAAAGCAGCAUUGAUGCUAACACGAGGUUACGGUCUACUUGUUUGGCUUGAUGAAGCAAGAAAACAAUUAUCUCCACGUGAUAUUGAAAAUAAAAAUUUAAUAUCAAAUAUACUUGCUCUUACAUCAUAA